AUGCCGUCAAAUUCCGCCCCACCCAGGAUAUCUAAUACCCGCCCAGAAGCCACCCAGCCCACACUAGUCCUACACACGGCUGUAGACUACACAGAAGCGCAAGGCGUCGGCAUCGGCAUCAUCCAACGCGCCCAACGCGCCCAAUGCGCAACGACAAGCACACCCAAGCCCUCUCUACUCCGUCCCUCGGAGCAUAAAUACAGUAUCAAAGCCGAGGACUUCGCGGCCCAGAAUGUCGAGACGCGAGACCGAGCGCUGAUGCUCGCACUGCUGCAUGCCCUGGGUCUAGCCCACUCUACGCUCAAGCAGCGUGCCAGUCUGCCAAAGACUGUCCAGCUGCACCGCGUCUCGGUCCUUUGCACUUCGCUGACUAUCGUGCAACUCGUCCAACACCACAUUACGCAUGCCCCCGAGAGUCUGGAAGACGUGGCAUGUGCAAAAGACUGCGUGGUGAUCCAGCGGGUCGUGGAAAAAGUGCGCAAGUUGUCGCGACGUGGUAUUGAAGUCUCGAUAGGUGUGUCUAGUAGUGAGGACGGGAUAGGCGAGAUGGCACGACCGUUGACGUGGCGAACGACUAGGAGACUGCCGUGGCAGCGGGUGAGGAUAUUGGCGAGGCAGAAGGGUCGUCAAGCUUGUCGGAGUCGCUGUCGGCAGCUGAAAAGUGAGAGACUGAUGGAAAGAGAGCAGUGUACACUAGGAGACGAAGUAGCUAUACAAAGGAGGAUGGAAAGUCUUAGUCUGAGGGAAUUACCUUCCGAGAGUGUAAGCAUGCCGACCCUGUCAGCUGUCGUUGAGUAG